AACACAAACAUGUCUGCUAGUUGUUUAGCUUUAUGAGUUCUAAAGUUUGGACGCCGAAUUUGCGAAAGCUUUUUAAUUUUUGCACGAAUUUGAGUUCAGGUAUUCUUGAGAAGUUCUCAAUGUGGGUAUACGCGACAAUGGAUUGUUUAAAGGGGAUUUACAAUGGUAUAGGAAUUCGAUUUUUUAUGAUGGCUCUCAUAAGGAUUUGGACCCUAAUAAUGUACGUUUUGCGACGAAACUUAAAGAAGGUUAUUCAACACAAGACUGUUAAAUAUCAAUUGCUUCCUCUGUCACCCAUAUCAAUUGAAAGAUUAAGACUAGUGAAAAGAAAGACGUUAGUGCUUGACCUUGAUGAAACUCUCAUUCAUUCACAUCAUGAUGGUGUUGUACGACAGACUGUGAGACCAGGGACACCUCCAGAUUUUGUACUGCGGGUUACAAUUGACCAUCACCCUAUCAGAUUUUUUGUUCACAAGAGACCUCAUGUGGACUUCUUCCUUGAAUGUGUGAGUCAAUGGUAUGAUCUUGUGAUCUUUACUGCUAGUAUGGAGAUCUAUGGGGCUGCAGUUGCAGAUAACCUGGAUAAAAACAGAGGGGUGCUAAAUAGAAGAUAUUUCCGACAGCAUUGUACUUUAGAUUGUGGUAGUUAUACUAAAGAUUUAUCAAUGGUCAAUGAGGACCUCUCUUCAGUUUUUAUUUUGGACAACUCACCUGGUGCUUAUCGAUACAAUCCAGACAAUGCCAUCCCAAUCAAAUCAUGGUUUGCAGAUCCUUCAGAUACAGCAUUAUUAAACCUAUUGCCUAUGUUGGAUGCACUAAGAUUUGUGACUGAUGUAAGGUCCAUACUCAGUCGGAAUCUACAUCUUCACUCGUUGUGGUAAACCCACAUUGGCGUGUUGCUGUGUUGUUGCAGGGCGGCACAUUUACUGUAGCUAACCAUGCAUGUGGUUGCUGGCCAAGAAAUUGCCUGUAGAAGGAAAAGUUUUGAGAAAUAGUUUAUAACUUCAAAGGUUGUCUAAUGCACAGAGUCACAGAGAUGUUUUUAUUUGAUAAACCUAGACAUAGUGCAGACCUGCUAUCUUGUAUUUCAGCAACAAGCAAACUCUGACUUUCAAAGCCAAUGAAUCCUUUUUCUUCUCUGUUAAUCAGUCAUAACAGACAUCUAAAGUCAAGAGCAAAAAAUUAGAUUUAAAUUCUUUGUAAGCAAUUCUAUGAAAAUGAUCCUUUGAAUCCUUCAAAAAUAUCUCAUUUAUUUCCCAAGAUAUUCACAGCAUUGAAUGGUGUUUCAACACCCAUUCUGCAUAUCACGGAAGUAAACAUUUUAUCAAGUGAUGCAUUACGUUUCUAUACCGUGCCAUAGCUUCAUGUCAUAAGCGGAGUGUCAAAAGUAAUCUGGGACUGCUUUGUUUUUGCUUUAAUUCGCUCUGUGAUUGGUUCAGAAAACUCGUGCCACUCUCCUCAACCAAUCAUAUACAAAACUAAAACCAACCAUGACGUGGUUGUUCGCAGUUUCCCGCGUUUCAAGCCGUUUGGUCGAUGUUACUCUGAGUUCUCAUGAGCUCUUUAAGGUAUUUUCUUUUUGUUUACUUUGCUUUUGAUCUUACUUUUGCAACACUUAAUCAAAAAGCUCACUAACCAGUUAUUAAAGUUAGGGUGUCAGUUUUAGUGACACUGAUGCAACACUGAUCAAAGCUAUUUUUCUCAGUUACAUCAGCUUUGGUAGUCACAUAUACAACUACUGUGGUUCUCGUCCUAUCUGGUGCUAGAAGUUAAGUUUUUACAGUAUUGGUUGUUGUCAUUCAAAGAAUUCCAAAACACUGACGUUUAAAAGAUAAUUUUAAGCUUCCGAUUAUGAAAUACUGUGUUGUAAGUGGCUCGUCAUGCAUGUUUGGUGAUGCUCCGAAUUCUCAAAUUUUAUCAUUUAACAGUUGGAAUCAUAUCUGUUUCGUUAGGAUAACCAACAAAGGUUAAACUGACUCUCAAAAAAGAAAUGUGCACACGUGGACAUCCGAUUAUUUUCCUAUAAUAGGGCUGAAUUUAUAGGGGAAUUUAAAGAACCUCUCUGAGGUGUUCUUUAUCUUUUUGAGAUAAGUUCUUCGGAUAGCUUCACAUUACAUACCUCUCCCUCAUAGAACGUUAAAAGGAAAAGAAAGAGGUAUACCAAUUUUUUUUGCUUUAUAUGGACCAAACUGUAUGUGUUUUUGUUCUUGAAGGAUUUCAUUUGAUCACAAUGGCAACCUCUCUACUGUUUUUAUCUUUGCGACUUGGUGGACUCUGUGCAUUUCUGCCUUUUGUACAGAUUGUGUUUUUUACGUGUCUCAUGUUUGUACAUAACCAUUAGUUUAUAAUUAUUAAAUAUUGUUAUUAUAUUAAGUAAGGCCUGUAUUAGGAUUAAGGAGAAAGUAAAACAAUAAAUGUGGUAGAUGCGA